GCUGACUUCCUGCUACUAUUGGCCAAUGGCAACGUCAUUCUCCAACUCUCCCCUCCCACAGCCCCCUCGGCCUCACUUCCCUCGCCCCUGCGUGCCGUGUGCAAAGGAAAAACAGCCGUUAAACGGGCCGCGGGGCGGGGGGAGCCAGCCGAGGAGACAAGAAGCGCUGUCGUGAUUGGUCGAGGUGGUAGGUUCAAACUAGCAUGGGAUGCGCUGAUUGGCUCAGAGCGGCCGCGGCAGGCCAGGCUCUCUCCUCGCGCUCAGGCGGUUUAUUGUCUCGCGGCUCCUGAGGCGGCUCCAGCGCGGCGGAAUCGGGACCGGUCCUCCCACAGCAGCGGCGGAACUAUGGCUGGAGGCAAGGCUGGCAAGGACAGUGGAAAGGCCAAGGCCAAGGCAGUGUCUCGCUCACAAAGAGCAGGGCUUCAGUUCCCAGUGGGUCGUAUCCACAGACACUUGAAGACUCGCACUACGAGUCAUGGGCGAGUUGGUGCUACUGCUGCCGUGUACAGUGCUGCAAUUCUUGAGUAUCUCACUGCUGAGGUGCUGGAGUUGGCAGGUAAUGCUUCCAAGGAUCUCAAAGUAAAGCGUAUCACUCCUCGUCACUUGCAGCUUGCUAUUCGUGGGGAUGAAGAGUUGGAUUCUCUCAUUAAAGCGACCAUUGCUGGUGGAGGUGUAAUCCCUCACAUCCAUAAGUCUCUGAUUGGAAAGAAGGGACAGCAGAAAACUGCAUAGAGAGGAGUUUUAACCAGCCCUCUUCCUCCCUGUCAUUGUACUGUAACUGGGACAGAAGAAAUAUGGGGAUAUGUGGAAUUUUUUAAGAAAUAGUUAAAUGGAAGAGCAUAGACAAUUGACUGUAGACAUGAGAAAACAUUUGUAUGUUCUUUAGAUUCAAAGUUUGACAAAAAGUAUCUUGUCAUGUGGCAGCAAUUCGUGUGUUGAUUGGCUAGGUUUCUCCCGUGUGUUUUAUACAAAAAUGGAACUGAUAAACCAUUUUUUACAAAAUUUGCUCUCUUGUGGUAUUCAGGUGAAAAAAAUCAUGCAACAGAGACCUCACUUUUUUCUGUGAAACUGGCUCCCUCAGCAAAAGCUGUUUUCCUCUUUAGAUAAGCCACAUUCAUGAUGACUACACUUUGAUGGUUUGUAAUAUAACCUGUUGAUUGGGAUGGGCAAUGCUGGUAGUAAAGGGAUAAACUCUUUAACUUACUAAAAGUAAUUAAAAAUCAUUUUCUCACUUACCUGCCAAAAUCUGAAUUCAGGGUUCCGGUUGCUUUGUGAGAGAGGACACCGCUAGUAUCUAAAGGGAGAAAGUGUUGAACUUUGUGUUUCUGAUAGUAGCUCUUCUAUCACAGGUAAAUGGAGGGGCUCACCUCAACAGGUAGUGUGUAAUUUGCAUUUUUAAAUGUACCUGUUGUCACUAGUAAGGAUCACAGAUACAUUUUCUAUUCAUGUAAAACAUGUGGUAUGUCUAUGGAUAACAUAAUGCCCUAGAGAUCUGUGGUGAUUAACUAUUCAUAUGUUUUUUUUAAAAAAAUCUUUUUUUCCAACCACGGAGAACCACCAGCAUUAUGGUAAUGGUGAGUCUGCCCUGGCUCCCAAGUGAUUUCUGCUGUCAGAAUGGCAUGAGUGCAGUGGCAGCAUUGCAAGCUACUUUCUAGUCAGUUACGUGCAUCACUUCCCUUCUAACCCUCAAAGCUGUGUCUUCUGUUGGCUGACACUGCCACUACAGACAAGCCCAAGGUUAAACACCUGUAGUUCUCUGGCAAGGCGAUGGGAGUGAGAGAUGCUCAGCAUCUUUGAAGUAAGUGAUAGUUCAAGUGCUCAACUCAACUUUGGCUAAAUACUAGAUUCAACCGAGGUCUGCUAAGAACAAUAUAAGGCACUUCAUCUGCAAUCUUUACUUCUGGUAAGAGUACAGUAGUUCAGAAACAUUUCAGUCAACAGAUGUUUCUGGUUAGGGAAACUUUUUUUAAAGAUGCUGUUCAAACAGCAAGUACCAUUUUUCCUUAAAACAGUUUCCAGGCAAAUGCCGAAUGGGGCUGAAAUCUGUUGCUGCUGCCUUCUGUUCAGAGAUUAAAUGAUAACAUUUGUUUGGUUUAAA